GCCCAAAGGGAUGGGGAGCAGCCCGCGGCGCUGAGACUCAAGUCCCUGUCACCUCUCGCUCCCCAGCACCCGCAGCUCGUCCCAGCGCCUGGAGCCUGGUGGAGGCAGUGAGGAAGACGAGAGUGGUCCUCCGCCCCGGCGACAUGGAGCCGCGCGAGCCUGGCGCGGGACUGCCCGAGACGCUGCCGAGGCUGCAGCAAGGAGCCGCCGGCGGCCCCAGAUAGAGUGGAGACGCGAGGGCCCCGGCCCUAUCGCGGCCGGGAGUUUGCGGCCCCCGAGACCCCGGAGGAGGAGCCGACACUCAGCCCUGGUCUAAUCCCUCCCCAGUUCCUGGAGGGAUUCCCGGGUCCCCGUCCCCACGGCUCGCGGACUUCCCACUGUGACGAAGUUUUUUCCUUGUGCCUUCUUGAGGAUUUAUCACUAGCUUUAGAACUCGCCUUCUGGCGAGCUUGACUUUCUCGGUUUGUUUUGGGAGAUAACUUCUUUUGCUCCAACCUAUAGCCCCUUUCCUUGAUCUUUUCCAAUCGGAUGUUCUAGAUGACUGAAUGGAGUUUUGAGUUGGACUUUUGUGUUGGGCCUGAUCCCAGUGCAUUGGGGGUGGGGUGGAGGUGUUACUGUAAAAUGCAAGUUGGAUAAGAGGAGGACCUCUCGCCAAGGGCCCCAAUGAGUGGCACACAGUCUACUAUCACCGACAGGUUUCCUCCCAAAAAACCUAUAAGGCAUGGAAGUAUUUUGAACCGAGAGUCACCAACAGAUAAGAAGCAGAAAGUUGAACGCAGUACAUCACAUGAUUUUGACCCCACAGAUAGCUCCUCCAAGAAGACAAAGUCUAGUUCAGAGGAGAGUAGAUCCGAGACAUAUGGUCUUGUUCAGCGUUGUGUGAUUAUCCAGAAGGAUGACAAUGGAUUUGGGCUGACAGUCAGUGGAGACAAUCCAGUCUUCGUACAGUCUGUCAAAGAAGAUGGAGCAGCCAUGCGGGCUGGAGUACAGACAGGUGAUCGAAUCAUCAAGGUGAAUGGAACUCUAGUGACUCAUUCAAACCAUUUGGAGGUGGUGAAGCUAAUCAAAUCUGGUUCCUAUGUAGCUCUCACUGUUCAGGGACGCCCACCUGGGUCGCCCCAGAUUCCACUAGCUGAUCCUGAAGUAGAGCCAUCAGUCAUUGGACAUAUGUCUCCCAUCAUGACAUCCCCUCAUUCACCUGGAGUGUCUGGGAAUAUGGAGAGAAUCACUAGUCCUGUGCUCGUGGGGGAGGAAAACAAUGUGGUUCAUAACCAGAAAGUAGAAAUUCUGAGAAAAAUGUUACAAAAAGAACAGGAGCGGCUACAGUCAUUGCAGGAAGAUUACAACCGGACACCUGCCCAAAGAUUGCUGAAAGAGAUCCAAGAGGCCAAGAAACACAUUCCCCAACUGCAGGAGCAGUUAUCCAAAGCCACAGGCUCUGCUCAGGAUGGAGCUGUAUUUACACCUUCCAAGCCUUUAUGUGACACAUUAACAGUCAGUGAAGUAGAAGCAGAUACUGGUGAUGGACUGGACAGAAUUGCCUCCAGCAGUGGCGAUGGUUCUCGGCCCAGUAGUGACAAUGCAGAUAGCCCCAGGAGUGGCCUGAGAGAGAGGAUUUAUCUAGAAGAAAGCCCAGACAAAAGUGAAGUCAUUCAGGAUGCCGAUACUCAGUUACUUAUCGGGAGUCCUUCAACCCGUAUAACACCUCAUAUUAUUGGGGCAGAGGAUGAUGAUUUUGGCACCGAACAUGAACAGAUCAAUGGACAGUGCAGCUGUUUCCAGAGCAUUGAACUGCUGAAAUCACGCCCUGCUCACUUGGCUGUUUUCUUACACCAUGUUGUUUCACAGUUUGACCCUGCGACACUGCUCUGUUAUCUCUAUUCAGACCUGUAUAAACAGACCAAUUCCAAGGAGACUCGUCGAGUCUUCCUUGAGUUUCACCAGUUCUUCCUGGAUCGAUCUGCACACCUGAAAGUUUCUGUUCCUGAUGAAAUAGCUACAGAUCUCGACAAGAGAAGACCAGAGCUUAUUCCUGAGGAUCUCCAUCGCCAUUAUAUCCAAACUAUGCAAGAAAGAGUUCACCCAGAGGUUCAAAGGCACUUGGAAGAUUUUCGGCAAAAGCGUAGUAUGGGGCUGACCUUGGCUGAAAGUGAGCUGACUAAACUCGAUGCAGAGCGAGACAAGGACCGGGUAACUUUGGAGAAGGAACGGGCAUGUGCAGAACAGAUUGUUGCCAAAAUUGAAGAAGUGUUGAUGACAGCUCAGGCCAUAGAAGAAGAUAAGAGUUCCACAAUGCAGUAUGUUAUUCUCAUGUACAUGAAACAUUUGGGCGUAAAAGUGAAAGAACCUCGAAAUUUGGAGCACAAGCGAGGUCGGAUUGGAUUCCUUCCAAAAAUCAAGCAGAGUAUGAAGAAAGAUAGGGAAGGCGAAGAAAAAGGGAAGCGAAGAGGAUUCACCAGCAUCCUGGGACCCCCAAGGAGACCAAGCCGCCAUGACAACAGUGCAAUUGGCAGAGCCAUGGAACUACAGAAGCAGCGCCACCCUAAACACUUAUCCACACUCUCGUCUGUGAGUCCUGAGCCUCAAGACUCUGCUAAGUUGCGCCAGAGUGGAAUAGCAAAUGAAGGAACAGACAUUGGAUAUCUGCCUGCCAAUCCCACGUCUUCUGUGGCUGCAGGGACUACUCUUUCCCAGGAAGGAGGGAAAGAGAAUGACAUGGGGUCAAAGCAAGUUGGAGAAACAGCAACAUCUGGAGACUCCAUAGAUGGCUUACCUCGUACUCCUAAUACCGUCUUUGAUUUCCCACCUCCUCCAUUAGACCAAGUGCAAGAAGAGGAAUGUGAAGUAGAAAGGGUGAUUGAACAUGGGACACCAAAGCCUUUUCGAAAAUUUGACAGCAUAGCUUUUAGAGAAAGUCAAAGUGAGGAUGAACAAUUUGAAAAUGACUUAGAGACAGAUCCACCCAACUGGCAGCAGCUUGUUAGUCGAGAAGUGUUAUUGGAACUAAAACCUUGUGAGAUCAAAAGACAGGAAGUGAUUAAUGAAUUGUUCUACACUGAAAGAGCUCAUGUUCGAACACUGAAGGUUCUUGAUCAAGUGUUCUAUCAGCGAGUGUCCAGAGAAGGAAUUUUGUCACCUUUAGAACUACGGAAAAUUUUUUCAAACUUGGAAGAUAUUCUUCAACUUCAUAUUGGAUUGAAUGAGCAAAUGAAAGCUGUUCGAAAGAGGAAUGAGACUUCUGUUAUUGAUCAGAUUGGGGAAGAUUUGCUAAGCUGGUUCAGCGGACCAGGAGAGGAGAAGUUGAAACAUGCUGCUGCUACCUUUUGUAGUAACCAGCCUUUCGCCCUGGAAAUGAUCAAGUCUCGUCAGAAAAAGGAUUCUCGAUUCCAGACUUUUGUGCAAGAUGCUGAGAGUAAUCCACUGUGUCGUCGUCUGCAACUGAAGGAUAUCAUUCCCACCCAAAUGCAGAGGCUUACUAAGUACCCUCUUUUAUUGGAUAAUAUUGCCAAAUAUACAGAAUGGCCAGCAGAAAGAGAAAAGGUGAAGAAAGCUGCAGAUCACUGUCGUCAGAUCUUAAAUUAUGUAAAUCAGGCUGUCAAGGAGGCAGAAAACAAGCAGCGCUUAGAAGAUUAUCAACGUCGUCUUGAUACCUCCAGUCUGAAGCUGUCAGAGUACCCAAAUGUUGAAGAGCUCAGGAAUUUGGAUUUAACAAAAAGGAAGAUGAUUCAUGAAGGGCCGUUGGUUUGGAAGGUGAAUAGAGAUAAAACUAUUGAUCUAUACACACUGCUGCUGGAAGACAUUCUUGUGCUAUUACAAAAGCAGGAUGAUAGACUGGUGCUGAGGUGUCAUAGUAAGAUUCUGGCAUCUACAGCUGAUAGCAAACACACGUUUAGCCCUGUCAUUAAGUUGAAUACAGUGUUGGUUCGACAAGUGGCAACAGAUAACAAAGCUUUAUUCGUCAUUUCCAUGUCAGACAAUGGAGCCCAAAUUUAUGAACUGGUGGCUCAGACAGUUUCUGAAAAGACUGUCUGGCAGGACCUAAUCUGUCGGAUGGCUGCAUCAGUGAAAGAGCAAUCCACAAAGCCAAUUCCAUUACCAGAGUCAUCAUCUUGCGAAGGAGACAAUGAUGAGGAAGAACCUUCAAAAUUAAAAGGGGAACAUCGUGGCAUUUCUGUCACUGGCCUGCAGAGUCCAGACAGAGAUUUGGGAUUAGAGUCUCCCUUAAUGUCAUCAAAACCUCAGGCUCGUUCACUGGUUACCUCUGGGAAAUCGGAGGUCGAUGAUUUCUUUGUGACUGAUAGACCAUUUGCAAAGGAGCAGCAUGCAGAUGGGACUCUAAAGGAAGUUGGAGUAAAUUAUCAAAUCAUAGUCCCAGAUCUGCAUUUUCCUGUCUCAGAAGAACGGUGGGCAUUGGAUGCACUAAGGAAUUUGGGUUUGUUGAAGCAGUUGCUGGUACAACAGCUAGGUUUGACUGAGAGGAGCACUCAGGAAGACUGGCAACAUUUCCCAAGAUCUAGGACAGCCUCUCAGGGGGUGCAGGCAGAUGGUGGAAUCCAGAACUCUGAAAAUAGUAAAGCCUAUCAUCCUGGUGAAGGACAGAUGCCCUUUAGAACUGGAGCUGGUGACACUUCCGCUUGUUGCAGUCCAAGGACUUCAACUGAAUCUUCUGCUCCACCAGAUUCAGUGGUACUGGCAUCCCAAGAUAGCCAGGCAAGUAACAUUGUAGUCAUGGACCAUGUGGAUAUGACCCCAGAGAUGCCUACCACAGAGCCCGAAGGGGGUCUUGAUGAGAGUGGAGAGCACUUUUUUGAUGCCCAUGAAGCACAUAGUGAUGAUAAUCCAUCAGAAGGCAAUGGAGCCAUUAAAAAGGAAGAAAAAGAUGUUAAUUUACACAUCUCAGGAAACUAUUUAAUCCUUGAUGGCUAUGAAACUGUGCAGGAGAGCUCCACAGAUGAGGAGGUUGUCUGCUCGCUUGCCCUGCAACCUAUGGCAGGCAUCCCCACUAUCAACUCUACCUACCAGCAGCAGCAUUCUCCCCAGAAUGCUCAUUCUGAUGGGGCAGACUCACCCUUCACCCCGGAAUUCCUGGUCCAGCAACGCUGGGGAGCUCUGGAGGAUUCCUGUUUUGAGAUCCAGAGUCCCUCUUGUGCAGAUUCACAAAGCCAGAUCAUGGAGUACAUCCGUAAGAUAGAGGCUGACCUUGAACACUUAAAGAAGGUGGAGGAAAGUUACACCAUUCUUUGCCAAAGGCUGGCUGGAUCAGCCCUCACAGACAAGCACUCAGAUAAAAGUUAGAGCCACAUGCCCUGGAGGGACUGAAGGUCGUUGGAUUUUGAGCAUUGGCAUUAUAUCACCACAUCCCGGCUCCAGCGUGGACGCAGAGAGUGUGACAGAGGAUCUGCCUGUGAACCACCUGGGUUUGCCGCGUCCCAGUGUGCCCAAAGCGGGACUAGUUCUUCACAGUCUGGCAGCUGCUCUAGUCUGUCAGUGAGGGAAUAUCCAUUCUCUCACUCUACUCUCCUCACUAUUGGAAAUUCAUUUUGAUUCAGAACAAAAACCAAAUGUAUAGAGCUUUGGGUGUAGGAUAUGAAAUUGUACUUAGACUUAAGAAAAAAAAAAUCAAAUGUAUUUAUUUGACUUCAUUCCGUAUUUGAAAGCACAUUUUAAUUUUUAUUUUGCCAUGUUUUAUUUUAAUUGAGUAGUGAGAGUUUUAGCCCAUUGUAUUUAGUACACCCAAGGAUCAACUGCUCCUGAAGCAAUGAGUUCUGGAUGGGGUUUUAGGAGGUUGGGUAGAGAGGUGAAGAAGAUGAGGAAGUGAGAAGAGGGAGGGAAGGAGGGGCAUUUUGCCUUCUUUAAACUGUACUCCACGCUCUCUGCUGUUCAGUAGGCUGCUUCUCUGAGGGUCGCCUCAGAGGCAUAGUGUGUUGUGUGGCUCUUACGUGCAGAGGACUUGAGAGCUGUGUGCUGCCCAGGUGGUCAGAGAGUAGGUCCCCCAUGAGGCAAGCACCUCUUCUCUGUAGCUGGGAUCAACCCCCAAUUAACAGGAAUCCUCAGUGUACUAAAUAGCCAGGCACUUGAAAAUGGGUAUGUUUUCUUCUGUUGUCUUCUUUUCUGUUGAGGGUUGGGAUUUGGGAGGGAGAGGAAAGCAAAUUUUAUUUUCUUGACUAUGAAUUUGUUAUUUUUGGUAUUGUUUCAUCAUUAUAAUUAUACAUUAGACUUUGGCAUUUGUGUAAAAUUAUCCCUGCAGCUCAAGCAGGAAGUAAAAACAAAUGGAACUGCUUCAGACGGUGGUAGGGGUGGUGGUUGCUAAGGAAGGGUGGGAUGGGAGUGGGUAAAGAGUUUGGGAAGGUUAUCUAAUUGAAUCACUACUGAGUUAAACCAUGGCUACCAUUAGCCACGGGUACUGCUGAUUAUAAGGCCAGUAAAAUUUUAGUACCUGGAGGUUUGACUCUAAUUUUUGCACUGAUGGUGCCAAAGGGCUCUCUGAGUCAAAAGGAGAGCCCAGGGUGGAGUGGAGAGAGGAGGUGGAGAAGGCAGAACUGCCCAAACCUGCUCCAGAAGUACUUCUUCUGCCUUCGCUGCGAGAGCUCUUUCCACCCUGGUGCAUGGCUGACCUUCAAAAUUGCAGACCAGAACAUACACUGGAUACUGCAGGCAAGGUGUUGGUAACUGCCUGCUCUAGGAUGAAUGGUGGGAUCGGCAACACCCUACAGAGAAUAAAUGUUUCAGAACUGUAACUUGAGAAAUCCUUCAAUUAUAUUGGCUUUCUGUGGUUUUCUUUGUGAAUCAGGUAUAUAUAUGUUUUGGAGUAUUUUUGCCAACUAAAACCAAAUCAUUUGUCAAAUAUGUAAAUUCUGUUAAUAUAUAAGAAGUUCUUCCACUGCUCAUAUCUUUCCAUAGUGCCCUCUGAUCUCUGUGGGUAGUCAGGAUGUAAUUUUUAUUUUCCUGCAGUCCAAAAAAAAAAAAUUUUUUUUUCUUGUCACAAAUAGUAAGAAUUCCCAACUACUUUUAUAAACACUGCUACAACUUAACAAGCUCAUCUAUGUCCAGAUGGCUGUUUCUGUCUUUUCAAAACUGAUCUAUGUUUUCAGAUAGAUCCCCAUGGAUCUGUGGACCUCAUCUAUAAACUAGAAAUAUAUUGUGAGUUGUAGAUCAAGUAUAACUUAAAUCAGAAUGAAAUAAAAAAUUUUAGAAGGGGAAGCUAAUAUGGUGAGGCUUGGGACCUGAAACUAUCUGUAUCUCUUAGGAGAAGCAAGUAGAAACCAAUUGGUUACACUGUGCUGCUGGAAAUAAUGUAGUUAUUCCCAACUAACAGGGUUACACCUGUAGCCACUUGACACUAACACCAUCCGCUGGCAAUUAAUCAGGAGAAGGGUAAACAUAAUAGAACUUUCAUCUUAACUUCAGACACUGCAGGGUUGUUACUUAAUUCUGUAGCACUUAAUUAAGAAGCUUGUGGGUUAAGCAAAGUUUUCAGUUCUCUUAUAGCUCAGCCGAUAACUUGUCCUUAGCUUUUCUUUUCACGCAGUUUAACCUCUCCUUGGAACAAUAACAAGGCUAACUGGGAAAAUACUUUGACCAUAGCUCUAGUACUUCUCAAUAAAUUCAUCUUUUUUUUGUUUUUCAAAUGACGCCCCAAGACUAAGUUUUAUUUUGAAAAGAUCCCACAGUUUUGAGUGUUCUUUUCAUCUUGCCAUACUAACGUCGGCACUCCUCCUUCCCAGCCUGGCCUCCCACACCUUUAAUUUCAUUAGAGUUGCAUCCAUUUUUACUUUGAUACUUAUAUCUGCCUUUUGGGAUGAUGGAAUUAGAUAUUCAUCCUGUCUUUGGGUAAGACCUUUUACUGUUACUCUCAGAGUGCUUUUCUCAAAGUUACAUGACUACAAGUUGGAAUUUGCUUCCAUUUACCGAAGGACACAAGGGUGGGAGACAAAGCAACCUUCCCAGAGCAGGAGAGCUGGGUUUUAGCUAUUUGAGGUGACCUGCUAUAACACUGUGCUCUCAGCUGGGGGCUUAAUGGCUCCUCUGCUAUUAAGUGUCAAAUUACAUUUGGAGUGUCUCCUUCCUCUUCAGAGAACAGAGUUAAUCAAGGCAAAUCAGCAAGCCCCUAAAGUGCUCUAAUUUAAAAUCAUGAUUACUGCCCGAGAAGCCAUAUGUUUUGCAUACUUUAAAAUCAGCUAACUUGGACUGCUUGAGUUAUCUUGGCUUUUAGGAACUAAAAUGGAACUAUUUAUCAUAUAAUAAUAGCUUUUUGGCUUUCUCUUCCCCCAGAAUAACUAGGACUGUUAGAAAGGACAAGUCCCCUUUAAAAAAUUUUUUUGUUUAUUUUGGGAGGCGGGGCUAAUGUGAUAUUAGAGGAGAAAAGUCCAUUUUCUUAUUUUUAGACGCUAAAGAAAGUACGCUUCCGGUGAGCUUUCUUUUACAUGCAUACUUUUUUUUCCCUCUUUGAUGUGGUAAAUUUGGUGUGUUACAUGGGGCCGACAUAUUUUAAAUUGGAAACUGUCUUCUCUGAAGUUGGUGUGUGAUGUUGUUUUGAGCUACUCGAGCUUUGGUCACUAGUUCCUUCCCCAUGUGCCACACAGGGCACCACUGACAACUGUGUGCAGAGGACCUCAAAACUUAGCAGGACCUUCCCGUGAACUUUCUGCUGGCUAGUUUUUCCCCCCUAGUAUUACAGUUUUUGUUUUGUAAAUCAUGGUGUUUUUUUUCUUUUUCCCCCAGAUUUUCCCACUCCUUUUCAAAAUGAUCUACCAGAUUGUUCUUUUUCAAGAAGAAAGUUUCUUUUGCUAGUUCCUUAUGCCUCCUCCACUGGUACUGAUGGUUUUGAUAAUAAAUUGGUAGGAAAAAAAUGUA